AUGGGCAACCUGCAACUAGAUGCAGAGUACUCACUUAGUAGUAUAGAUGAUUCUCAUAAAGUGAAUGGUAACAUUCAGGGAAGACAGGUGUUCCAAAGAAAGGUGCUUGUACUCAGUAAAAGGACGAAUUUUUUUGUUUUGUUUUUGUUUUGUUUUAGAAGAGGUUUCUUGCUUGCUGAGGCGCUGGAGAUUCUUUAUAAUGACGAUAUUGAAGGUGAUGUGUUUGUUGAGCCCCCAGAUCCGAAUGUAGACACAGAUGAAGAUUCGGGAAAUGAACAUUCUGGCGGAUUAUUAGACAACCUGUCCUCUCAUCAACUACGAGCUAAUGCUGAAAUAAGGAUGCCAAAUAACGAACAGAUUGGUGUUGAUUAUAACUGUAAUCCACCAUCACCAUCAAUGCAUACUGAACAAGAUCCAAUUGAACCUGAAACAGCUACACAACGUCCAAAUAUACCAGAGCCAUCAUAUCUGAGAGAGAAGUAGCAACAGUGUACUUGUAAAGACACCAAGCCUCACCAAAAGGCGCAGGGAGACCAUCUGCAUCAAGGGCAUGUUCCGACAGAUGCAUAUCAGAUUGAAUUAGGUUUGAUAAGACUGAUCACCUCAUCCAGCACACAGAAGGAAAGAAGAAGAAGAGGUGUGCACACAAGGACUGUAAAUCUAUUGUGAGAACAAUGUGUUCA